CACCUCACGCUUCUCUUUGGCAAUUUCGUUAACUCUUGGAAAUGCUAAUGUGCAUCUGCGGAUAGCAAAAGACUGGUCUUAACAUAUUGUGGAAUUAUACAAAGGCGGUUUACUAAAAUCAAAACCAGAAUUUGCUUGAAUCUUCCAAUAACAAUACUAAAAUUUUGAAGAGAAAAACCCUAAUUAUGUUCUUAGGGUUUCUGAUGAUUCCAAAUUCCAAAUUUCUUGAUUAUUAUUGUUGAGAUAAUCGAUAGGAAAUAUGGAAGGUAGAGAGGAUAGCAUUAAUCAGAAUAAGGAUAAGAAAUGGCAGCCACCGAACAAACCCUUUCAACAGAAAUCAGAAGCAGAGGACAUCAAACUCUGGGGCGUGUUUCUCUUCGGUCUUAUCGGCGCCACCGCCACUACUUUCGCUGUUGGUCAGCUGAGGAGGACCGUUGAUUGGUUCUAUGCUCAGCUAACGAGAUCACAGCCAUCAUGGAAAGGUAAAACAGGAAGCUCUUUCCGGUCAGCUUUUCAGGAGGAAUCGUGGAAAAGGUAUCAACGCCGAUUGCAAGAGGAAUACGAGGAAGAAAUGGAGAGAGUAGAACGUAUAAGACGCAUGCAAAGUGUGUUUAACAGAGAGAGGAACAAGUACAAGAGAAACUAUGAGAGCUGGAGGGAAAAUGGUCAAGGUCAAUAUCAUCAGCAUUUUCAGCGUGAUGAUUGGUAUUGGAAAACUGAUACAUCCUUCAGAGAUCAGAGGACUAACCCUCGGACUCCAAGAGAGAGUGCAAACUAUCAAUUAUCGCAUCAUUACUUAGUUUUGGGCCUUAGCAGGUCCAGAACAACACCAUAUACAGAAGCUGAGAUUAAGAAUGCAUUUAGGAUCAAAGCAAAGGAGUUUCAUCCGGAUCAAAACCAAGAUAAUAAAGAGGCUGCUGAGGCAAAGUUCAAAGAAGUCAUGACUUCAUAUGAAGCUAUUAAGCAGGAAAGGAAGGACAUGAAAUGAUGAGUUUGGUAAUUGCUAGAGGCGUUUCGCAAACCAAGAAGGAUGCAGUCCAUUGCUAUCCAUGUCGUCACUGCCGAAAAUAGAAUCUUAUACAAAUUUAUUUUUGGAUAACAUAAUGUUGUACUAUAAGAUUAACAUUAUAGAGAAAGAGGUUAUUUUUUACAUAAUAAGGGCAGCUAUGUAUUUGUGUCAAAGCCCUUGUAAUAUUUUCUUUUUGGCCUACUUCCAGGAAUUAUGUAAAAAGGUAAAAUUUCUUCAUUAUAUUUCUCAAAUGUAACAAGCAAUCGGACUUGGAAAGAGUAUAUUCCCCGCAUAUGGCAUGUGGUUUAUGUUC